CAGAAUAUUCAAAAUCAUACUCAGCAUUUUGAUAGAGCGUACUUUGAUCUUUAGAAUAAACACACAAGAAUACUGAAGUUAAGUUAAUAGUAAUCAGAGAAAAAAAAAAGCAAGGAAAGAAAAUAGGCAAAGAGGAUAGGUUUUCUUUUUUCCAAGCAACUAUGUUUUGUAUAGAAUAGCAAAAAAAAACAUCAGAUCCUACCGAUCGUAUUAAUGCAUUACUGUGCGCAGAAAGCAGAAUAACAACGGCUCUAAUAGAUUCUCUUCUAUAUAAAGAUAAAUAUGCUAUAAGUGACUUUCUAUGUAAUCAGAAAAUGCAAAUAUUUGACGUAAGACAAGAAAAAAGGAUUUUUCUUGAAUUCCAAUUAUUUCAUGUAGUAAUUGAAAAGAUUUUUUCGCUUUAAAUUGUUUUUAUUUUAAUAUUAAUGAAGUAUAUUUCAUUCUCUGGAUACAUUCUGUAAUUGAAGGUUUUUGUUUUCUUUCACUCCCGUAUGUUUGUUUCAUAAACAUUGUAAUAUAAUCGUUUGUACUCAGUCUUCGCACUUUAUAUUAUAGAUGGCGUUUUUCAUGAUAAAAAAAUUCUGAUGAUGCUGAAAAAAAAAAUAUAAAGAUCAAGAAAUGUUCAAGAAUGUGGCAUUGAUUAUUUAUAUCAAGUUCAAUGCUUUCUAACAAUUUGUUAAAAGUUUGUUUGGAGUCUUUUUUUAAAAAAAAUGUUCUACCCUCUUGGAAAUCCCAUGAGCUAAUCAUGUUUUAUUUUUUUGACCGAUUUCAAGAAUUUGUCUAAAAAUUUGGAAAAACUUUUGAAAAGACCAUACCAUUGGCAUCCAAGUAUCUUGUUCAUAUACAUAGUAAAUAAAACAGCAAUGAAGAUAGGAUAGUCGUCAGAAAAAAAAAAAAAGUUGUAAAAGUCCUUGACAAUAAUAUUCUACUUUGUACUAAUUCAAAUGUUAUGUACAGUAUCUCCAGUUGAUGCCGCAAAUUUUACUUUUGUUGUUUGUCAAUUAAUUGAAAAUCUUUAAAAAAAGAAAUAAAUGUUGCAGCUAAACAACGUUGUUGUUUUUCACAUAUAUUUCGUCAAACAUAUCUAACAGUUGCUGUUUCACCAGCAAGUUAUCAAUCAACUGAUUAUCCUUUAACAUUUUAUAAUCAUUCAUCAUAUUGUGAAAGUAUUUCGAUUCGUGAUACAUGA